UUUCGCACUAAUUGCGGGGAUCAAUUUUUUAAGCUACUAAUUAGCUACUAAAGAUAUUUUUAUUGUGACUUUAAGCUACUAAUUAGCUACCAAAUUAUUUUUUUUGAUUCAUUUCUACCAAUUAGCUACCGUAUUCUAGUCAAUUGUGAUAUUCAAAUUUGUGUUACCAAAAUUGUAGUUCCUUAAGUAUAUUUAUUAUUGUUGUGGUUCGUGUUUUAGUUUUAGGUAGCAUCUCUGGCCAGAAGCUCUGCGAAUUUAAAUUUAAACACUAAAUGAUGUCAUUAUAAGAACAGUUUGAAGUAUAUGAGUUAUGAAGUCUAUAAUAAGCAAUAAUAUCAAUAUAAAUUAUAACACAACGUACGUAAAAUUACUCAGCUAAAAUUUAAACAUUUUAAUUGUUACUUUCUCCAGUAGAAAAAUCAUUAUAAUGCAUUUAAAAUCUAUACUAAUAUUUUUUUUAGUAUGUUUUUUAACCGACACAAUGAGUGAGGGACUUAAUGCAAUCCAAAUACAAUGUUUUCUAAAAUUGGUAAAAAGUUUAAGACAUUAUAAUACAGAAGCAGUAAAUAAAGUUUUAAAGUAUUUUCGCAUCAAUGAAGAGUAUAAAUAUAACUGUGAAGAUAAAACAUACGUAAGGGCUUUCGAGAUUCUAAAAUUUGUGGUACAAUUUAACAAGUUGUGUGAUAACAAACAAUUAGAAAAUUUGAGCAUAGAAGAGGUAGAACUAAUCUCAACUGAAUUCAAUAAACUUGCAGACAAUGAAAAACUUAUAGAUGGAGAUCAAUACGUAUAUUUGAUUUCUAUAAUCGGCAAAGAUGUUGGAUGCGAAAAUAAGCUAAAUGAUUGGAGUGAAAAAAUUAAAUCUCGAUAUUAUUUUGAGUUCGGUGAUGUACUACUCGAUGCAUUACGGUACAGAGCACAAAUAAAAAAAACAAUAAUUGGUGAAAUUGAAAAUUUGAAUGAAAAUUUUAUUUAUUACAUCGUGAAUGAUCAUAGUACAGAUGAGAUAAAUGAAAAAUGUCCAUGGUUACUUAAAUAAAUGAUAUAUAAAAGCAUUAUUUUGUAUACAUUUUUAAAUACUCAUGUUUUUUUUAGCUAUCACUUAAAAUAUUCUAAAAUUAUAUAAAAUUAUUAUCUUUACGGUCACUCAUUUAUUGCAUUUUAUUAUUAUUUUUAUUCCAUUAAGAUGAUUUAUACCUCGUUUGUUAUUUAAUUGUACACUGAGUACUGUUUUUGUUUCACUUACUCCGAACCUUUCUAUUAUUAUUCUAGUUUUAAUACUCUACUCUUUCAUUUGUUUAUUAGUAUGUGUUCAAAAUAAUCCGCUUUCGUUAUUAUUUGAAAGGCGUGCGGGUUAAAUAUCAUAAGUUCAUUUUGACUACUAUUUUUUGCAUAUUCUUAUAAAUAUUUAAAAGACAUCCUUAUAAAAAAUUUUCAUCAUUAUUUUUUUCUUAAAACAGCGUUUUAAAGGAAAAUUUUUUACAAAUAAUAUAAAAAAAUCUACUGAACAGUAUGCAGUUCAGUUUCGACUUAUAACCUUUUAUCUGCACAAUAUCCAUUUUUAACAUGAAGAUAUAUUUUUACUUUUUGAUGUCAUGUUAGUCGAGUGCAUGUGUUACCUAUUAAAAAAUAAGAGGUAUUUAAUUUUAAUGUAUUUUAUAAUUUCUAUGUCUUAUAUUUAAAAUGUAAUUUUAAAUGCCAAAAUAAAAUUAAAAAAAAUUCUA